GGGGAGCGGCCCUACACCUGCAGCGACUGUGGCAUGGACUUCACCCAGUCCAGCAGCCUUCUGAAGCACCAGCGCACCCACACCAGUGAGCGUCCCUACACUUGUGCCCAGUGCGGUAAGGGUUUCACUCAAUCCAGCAACCUUCUGAAGCACCAGCGCACCCACACCGGCGAGCGUCCCUACACCUGUGCCCAAUGCGGCAAGAGCUUCACCCACUCCAGCUACCUGAUGGAGCACCAGCGCACCCACACUGGCGAGCGUCCCUACGCCUGUACCCAGUGCGGCAAGGGCUUCAUCUGCUACACCAAGCUGCUGAAACACCAACAGACCCACACCGGCGAGCGCCCCUACACCUGUACACCAAGCUGUUGUUCCAUCAGCGGGUGCACGCGGCCGACGGUCCCUUGCCCAGCCCGGUGUGUGGAGAACGCUUUUCCAUGGCCUCCCACACCCUGUCUCACCAGCACAUUUGCUGAGGUUGGAGGGUAG